AUGGCCACGCAGGGGGGUUCGACUUUGACAUCUGAGAUCUCCACUCCAGCUGUGGUUACGUCCGAGGAAAGCUCCGCCACACUUACUCACUCAUCAACACCCUCCUCGUCAUCUUCUAGUGCCACGCCAAGAGAGACUGCAAGAGCAAAGCUUCUCCACAGUGAUUACUUCACCGCUAUCGUUCACGACCUCUUCCAGCGCCCAGACUACAGAGACUGCGAGCUCUCCUACGGGAACAUCGGUCUCCUCCUCUUCCCCUGGCACCAGUCCCACAGUUACAUCGGGCUCUCAGGAGACCAGCACAACCAUCCCCUCCUCAAGCAGACAUCCCACCUCCGCACCAGUUCCACACAUACAGCAGGCUCCGUGGAGACCAGCACACUCAUCAUCUCCUCAAGCAUCCAUUCCACCUCCAGUGCGCCACUCUCCAGCAGCCACAGCCCGACUACACACUCCACUUCCACGGCCACGCAGGGGAGUUCGACUUUGACAUCUGAGAUCUCCAUUCCAGCCUUGGCUACCACCAGUUCCACACAUACAGCAGGCUCCGUGGAGACCAGCACACCCAUCAUAUCUUCAAGCAUUCAUUCCACCUCCAGUGCGCCACUCUCCAGCAGCCACAGCCCGACUACACACUCCACUUCCACGGCCACGCAGGGGAGUCCCAGUUUGCCACAUGAGACGUCCACUCUACCUGCUCUUACCUCAGAGCAAAGCUCCUCCACAGUGAUUCCUUCACCGCUAUCGUUCUUGACCUCUUCCAGCGCCCGGACUACAGAGACUGCGAGCUCUCCUACGGGAACAUCGGUCUCCUCCUCUUCCCCUGGCACCAGUCCCACAGUUACAUCGGGCUCUCAGGAGACCAGCACAACCAUCCCCUCCUCAAGCAGACAUCCCACCUCCGGUGCACCUCUUGCCAGCAGCCACAGCACAACUACUCACUCCACUCCGCUUACAUCAGAAUAUAUUCCCCCCUUGCCAACCGCGACCUCCACUAUAUCGACCGCUUCGCCCCCCACUUCUCCAGUUGGUCAUUCCACGCCAAACGCGUCUGAAUCCGGCACCAGCUCUCCGGCCACACACUCCGGCCUCAGCACUCCUGAAGUGACCUCGACUCAGCCACCAGCGAGCUCGACCCUUUCGUCUUCUCCUUCGUGGCCAAGGACCACCACUGGGAUUCUUCCCCCCUCAUCUCAGCCUCCUAGGCCUCCGGGCACUUCUGCCCCUCCCCGUCUUACAAGUACGGCAGCCCCCUCCACCACAGCGGCCCCCAUCACUUGCCUUAAUAACGGGACCCUCGUGGGGAAUCGCUGCGACUGUCCCCCUCCGUUCUCUGGGCAGCGGUGUGAGAACGCGAUGGAUGAGGUCCCAGUGGCGACUGUUGUGGCCACAAUCAAAGUCUUUGUGAACGUGGAAAAUGUGCAGUUCCAGAAAGGGAUGGAGACCCCAGGCUCCGAGGCCUUUGGAAAAUUUGUGAAGAUCUUUGAGCAGCAGAUGGGCUUACUCUACAAGGACGUUCCUGGGUACCAGGGUGUCCGAGUGAUCAAGCUCAGCAAUGGCAGCGUGAACGUGGACCAUGACGUCCUCCUCGACGUUACCUUCUCGACCUACAACGCGUCUUACGCAUCAUCUGUGCAGAACCUCACGCAGGUGCUGGAGCACAACCGGUGCUCCUCCAACAACACCCAAGAUCGCCUGUGCUUUAAGCAGAGUUUGACUCAUGUGACUCGAACGUUCCUGAGCCCUGCAGACCUGUCGGAGGAAUGCAAAAAGCUGGUGCCCCCAGAACUCCAGCAGUACUACAUGGCCGUCAACAUCAGCGACAAGCUGCAGUGCGUCUCCAACUGCAGCAAAUGGCACCCGGACCCCUUCGAAUGCCGUAACGGGACAUGCCACAUUGAGAAGGAGGGGCCCAAAUGCUAUGUCGUGACUGCGAGCCCUCCUACGGGAACAUCGGUCUCCUCCUCUUCCCCUGGCACCAGCCCCACACUCACAUCGGGCUCUCUGGAGACCAGCACACCCAUCCCCUCCUCAAGCAGACAUCCCACCUCGACUCAGCCACCAGCGAGCUCGACCCUUUCGUCUUCUCCUUCGGGGCCAAGGACCACCACUGGGAUUCUUCCCCCCUCAUCUCAGCCUCCUAGGCCUCCGGGCACUUCUGCCCCUCCCCGUCUUACAAGUACGGCAGCCCCCUCCACCACAGCGGCCCCCAUCACUUGCCUUAAUAACGGGACCCUCGUGGGCAAUCGCUGCGACUGUCCGCCUCCGUUCUCUGGGCAGCGGUGUGAGAACGCGAUGGAUGAGGUCCCAGUGGCGACUGUUGUGGCCACAAUCAACGUCUUUGUGAACGUGGAAAAUAAGCAAUUCCAGAAAGGGAUGGAGACCCCAGGCUCCGAGGCCUUUGGAAAAUUUGUGAAGAUCUUUGAGCAGCAGAUGGGCUUCCUCUACAAGGACGUUCCUGGGUACAAGAGUGUCCGAGUGAUCAAGCUCAGCAAUGGCAGCGUGAACGUGGACCAUGACGUCCUCCUCAACGUUACCUUCUCGACCUACAACGCGUCUUACGCAUCAUCUGUGCAGAACCUCACGCAGGUGCUGGAGCACAACCGGUGCUCCUCCAACAACACCCAAGAUCGCCUGUGCUUUAAGCACAGUUUGACUCGUGUGACCCGAACGUUCCUGAGCCCUGCAGACCUGACGAGGUCCUGCCAGGAGCUGCUGGCCCCAGACGUCUGCCAGUAUUACGUGGGCCGCAACCUCAGCAACCAGCUCCAGUGUGUCUCCAGCUGCAGCCUGUGGCACCCGGACCCCUUCCUCUGCUCCAACGGAAAAUGCUACCUCCAGCCUGGGGGCGCCCACUGCUACUGCAAGCAGUCAGACGCCUACUGGUUCACGGGGCGCCGGUGUGAACAAAGGAUCAGCAAAGUCGGGGUGGCCGUCGGGGUGGCCUUAGGCCUGCUGGUCCUCCUGCUGGUGAUUCUCCUCUUGGCCGUCCUUGUCUGCUGGAAGGCAUGUUGUCAGAAGGAGAAAGGCGACAGGCCCUGGAGUCUUCCUCGCGACGAGGAGAAGCUGUACGAGAACGAAGCGGAGUGGGCAGCCGGGCCCCGAGGCGUCGCCCUCCCCAGUGCCCCAGAGCCUCUUGACGGCGGCAGCGGCAGCACUGAGGAGCCGGAGAGCUGGUCAUCUUCGGAGCAGGGAUCCUUCCGACCCCGCCUGGACAAAGUGGACACAUCCCUGCCGAGACGGAUCGCUCGGCCCCAGCUGACCCACCAGUGACGAGGCAUGGCACGGGCAACUGACCCGCCGGCCAGGAGCCCCCCCCCCCCGGUCUUCGGCUGUGGGUGCAAAAUGCUGCGUCUAGCGGGGGGAGGGGGGGCAGGCCGUGUGCAGGAGAGGCGGAGGAGCGGAAGCCGCUGCGGGACCUGCUGCCCCCCUCCCGAUGCCCGCGAUGCCCUUCGGCUGAGCAGCCCCUGCCGGAGCCUGCAGAGAUGAAGGCCUCUGGAGGCGCAGUGGGGCUCCCAGACUUCAGGCCCUCUGAGGCCUUGUGCCCCUCCCCGCCCCGCCCCACGGAGCGACAGCACCGCUGCUGACCAGGGACUUCUUCGUGGGGCUUCUGGGCACAAAAGGCCUCUUGGCGAGGGGCUGAGCAGUCUCUGCAGGUCAGGGCUGGUGGCUGGCGGCACCCCUUGGAUUCUGGGGGGGGGCACUUCACGAGAGCCUCCACGGAGUGCUGCGUUGGGGGCCGAUGAUGUUGCCAAUCCACUAACAGACUCUGAUGGUCUCAGCGCUGUAAUGCUGUUCAUGGUGUGUGUGUGUGGGGGGGGGGAACAGGGCGUAGACUUCUCCGUUUCUUCGGGGGGGGGCGGGCAGGGCACAUGGGAGGAGAGCUGGUCUUAUGGUAGGCAGCAAGCAUGAAUUCUCCCCUUUGCUGAGCAGGAUCCACCCUGGUUUGCACUUGAAUGGGAGACUCCAUUUGUGAGCACUGUAAGGUAUUCCCCUUGGGGGACGGGGCCACUCUGGGGAGAGCCCCUGCCUGCUUGCCUGCAGAAGGUCCCAAGUUCCCUCCCUGGCAGCAGCAUCUCCAAGAUCGGGCCGGGAGAGACUCCUGCCUGCCACCUGGGAGAAGCCGCUGCCAGUCUGUGUAGACAAUGCUGAGCGAGAUGGACUGAGGGUCUGACUCCGUAUAACGCAGCUUCCUUUGUUCCUGUGGCUAAACCCGGGACAGGCACAGGUGUAUCCAUCUAUAUGCUUUCAUUAUUUAUAUUUCUAUAAAUCACUCUUCACCAAAACUGAUCACAUUGGUUUAAAAAUGGGAUAUAUUUUUUCACUUUGUAAAUUGAAGCUGGCAAUCUACAAUAAAAAACUCAUGAACUCA